AUGUUCUCAAGAUCACGCCGGGGACAAAGUGGCUCGUCACCUACAACGAGAUUUUUGACUGUGGUUCUUGGCAUCGCGAGCCUUGGAAAACAAGUUUCACGACUUCGUUCCUGGAAUGAGACUUGUCGUACAUCAAUAUUCUGUGCGGCAUACUUCGCUGCAUGGCGAUUUGAUCGAUUGAUGCCGCUUGUUCUUGGAAUAUUGAUAAUGGUGGUAUCUUCGGUCCCAGUUCGCACCAUAUUGUUUCCAUCAGCACCGCGUGCUCUAGUAAAUAUCAGGACAGGCGGGAUUCAGAAGCCCCAAGUAGGUCUGCUAGGUACCAAUGAUACACUCACUGGUGCCCCGGAGAAGCAGCCACAUGAAGCUAUCGAAGAGGAAGCAGCCAACCUUGUCGAAAACGUCCGACACAACAUUCAGAGAGCUGUCGGUAUGCACAUUUCCAACAACAGGAUGGACAUGGAGAUCCACUGGAAGGAAAGAUACCGAAUCAGAAUAGUGGCUGUCCUUGCCCCUUUAUUCCUCCUACCUCUUUUCGUCAGCUAUUACAUGGUAUACAAAGGGAUUUAUUGUCUCGUUGGAUUCGUCGUUUUCGGCGAUCCAAUGCUAACACCUACGAUAGCUUGGCUCAAAGGAAACGUGCCCAAGUACGAGGAGCUUGCACAACCGAAAAAGUCAUUCUUGUUCGCUCCAAUGCUGACUACAAGUAGCAAUUUUCUUCGCGGCGUCCCUACAACCUCCCAGAUCGCAAUAACUCUUCGUAUCGGCGAAGCACACAAAACGCCUCUUCCUCCUGUAACUACCUCCAACCCCAAUGACCCGGAUCAUCAAAAUCCCAUUGAAGCUGAGAAUAUACCUCUCGGUACCACCAGUUCCGAUGUUCUUGAUGCGACCAUGCCUUCAAUCGUUGAGAAAGCCCACGGCGACGACGAUGAAGAGAAGCCAAAUCACAACCAUCUUUCCAAGAUUGUCCGCUUCUUCAAAGGCAAUGCCAAAUCUGUCGUCGAGCCGAAGCUGGCCAUUGAUCACGUCUGGGUUGCAACUGGUUCGCAGAAGGCGAAGGGUCACUUGAGCGUUUUGCCUAAGACAAAAACCACGUAUACCAAUGUCGAUUUGAGGGGAAAUAUGGCUGGGCAGUCAUUACAGAGUCUUCUAGACCAAGCCUGUCAUUCACGCGCGAUGACCCAAGGUUGA